AUGGAGUAUCCUCGGUUCGCUGCCCGUCCUGUGGGCAAGGUGAUCCAUAGCAUCUACCGUGACCGGUUGGAGACCUUUAUCCAGCCUGGUCAAUAUGAGAAACAGAAUCUACUCUCAUCACUGUAUAAAUCUCGCGUGGGAGAGCCCGUACUGAAACUGUCUGUCUGGUCGGCUCCCGAUCUGUCUCGACCAACAUUCGCCGAAGCCAUCUCGCAGUCCUUCAAGCCGACAGGAACAGGCGCCUCCUUCGGCCCCGGCUGGUCAACCCAUUGGUUCCGGCUGGAGAUCUGUCUCCCCCCCACGCUGCAGGGCGAGCAGGACCUCGAGCUGCACUGGGAGGCCAGCUGUGAGGGGAUGGUCUGGACAGAGGCCGGGCAUCCACUGCAGGGGCUGAGCGGCGACGGCGAACGCAUUGAAUGGCGGCUCCCUGCUUCUGUCCAGGACGGCGCCGCGCACAUCUUCUACCUCGAGAUGGCGUGCAACGGCAUGUUCGGUCUGGGCAAGGGAGCCAGGAACCAGCCGCCGGACCCGGAUCGCUACUUUACGCUGCAGACGGCAGAGAUUGUGGCUGUCAAUAGGGAAGCCAGAGCGUUGCUUUUUGAUUUUACAACCAUUGCCGACGCCGCCCGCCAGUUCCCCCAACAGUCGUGGGAAGCACAUAAGGCCCUGCAAGUUGGCAAUGCCAUCAUUGAAGCCUUUACGGCCGGCGCAGGCAGCGAUGCAGCCAUCCAGGAUGCCCGAGCGAUUGCGCGCGAGUUCCUGGGCGACAAGAUCGACAGCGAGGAUGUGUAUGAUGCAGAGGAAGCGGAAGAGCAGCUGGUGUACGCGAUCGGCCACUGCCACAUCGACACCUGCUGGCUGUGGCCGUGGGAAGAGACGAAGCGCAAGGUGGCACGCUCGUGGUCGAACCAGUGCGAUCUCAUGGACCGGUAUCCCGAGCAUCGAUUCACGGCCUCGUCGGCACAGCAGUUCAAAUGGUUGAAAGAGUACUAUCCGUCUGUCUACGCGCGGGUGAUGGACAAGAUCCGCCUGGGAUCAUUCCAGCCCAUCGGAGGCAGCUGGGUUGAGCACGAUACCAACAUGCCCAGCGGGGAGUCGCUGGUGCGGCAGUUUCUCCACGGCCAACGCUUCUUCGAGCAGGAAUUCGGCCGGCGAUCGACCACCUUCUGGCUGCCAGACACGUUCGGAUACACGGCGCAACUCCCCCAGCUGUGUCGGUUGGCCGGGAUGAGCCGGUUCAUCACGCAGAAGCUGAGCUGGAACAACAUCAACAACUUCCCGCACACGACCUUCAACUGGGUGGCCCUCGACGGCAGCCAGGUGCUCUGCCAUAUGCCGCCGUCCGAGACGUACAACGCCGAGGCGCAGUUGGCAGAGCUGGUGAACAGCGUCGACCAGCACAAGUCGCUCGACCAGGAUCCCUCCUCGGUGUUGAUCUUUGGCAAAGGCGACGGCGGCGGCGGGCCGACCUUCCAGCAGAUCGAGAGUCUGCGGCGGCUGCGUGGCCUCGGCGAGCGCACGAGUCUCAUCCCGCGCGUCCAUCACGGCCGGUCCGUGGAUCACUUCUUCGAGCAGUUGGAAGGCAAAGCAGCCGCCGGGAAAACCGAGUUUGUGACCUGGUACGGCGAGCUGUACUUUGAGCUGCACCGGGGCACGUACACGACGCAGGCGGCGACAAAAUGGAACAACCGCAAGGCCGAGAUCUUCAUGCACGAUCUGGAGUAUGUUGCAGCGCUGGCGAGCGUCAAGCAGGCGCAGUACAGCUAUCCCAAGGCACAGAUCGAUUCUCUAUGGGAAGAUCUCCUGCUCUGCCAGUUUCACGACUGUCUGCCGGGCAGCUGCAUCCGGAUGUGCUACGACGACUCGGACAAGCUGUAUUCCCAACUCUUUGCUACCGGACAGCACUUGAUGGACACUGCCCUGGGUGUAUUGGGAAUAAGAACUUCAGAGACAUCCUCUCCUGCAACGCGGGCUUUGAAUACCCUCCCCUGGCCCCGGAGGGAACUGGUAAAGGUCGCCGAGGAAUAUGCGCUGAUCUCCAGUGAUGGACUGGGAAUUGCUUCCAUCCAGAGACCUGCCAGUCCGUCAGUGACAGUAGCCGAGGUCCGUCCAGGGGUGUUUGAACUGGCAAACGAGCGAUACAAGCUGGAGAUCGAGAACGGAGCAAUCAUCUCGCUGCUUGACGUAAAGAUCAACCGCCAGGUGCUCGCCAAGGGAGGCAAAGCCAACCAGUUUGUUAUCUUCGACGACAAGCCGCUCUACCGCCAGGCCUGGGACGUCGAGGUCUACCAUCUCACCUCGCGCAAGGAGCUGCCCGGGGGCGUCUCUGCCAUUGCCGAGCAGGGUCCCUACAGGGCCAGCAUCGUCACCAAGACGGUGAUCAGCGAGAGGAGCUGGUUGGUCUCGACCAUCAGUCUGUCGGCAGCAAUCGACGAUGAAUCCCCCUGCAUCCAGAUCGACACCGAGGUCGAGUGGCGCGAGGAUAUGAAGUUCCUCAAGGUCGAGUUCGACGUCGCCGUCACCAACACCGAAGCCUCGUACGACACGCAGUACGGCGUCGUGAAACGGCCAACGCACUACAACACGCAGUGGGAUAUGGCCAAGUUCGAGGUCUGCUGUCACAAAUGGGCGGAUCUGUCGGAGAAUGGAUACGGCGUCUCGGUGUUGAAUGAUAGUAAAUAUGGCUUUGCAACCUGUGGUCAUCUCAUGCGUCUCUCCCUCUUGCGCUCUCCCAAAGCCCCGGAUGCGUGUGCUGAUAUGGGCCGUCAUCAUGUUCGAUAUGCGAUCUUCCCCCAUCAAGGCCCGUUGGACUCGAGAACAGUGCGCGCGGGAUACAACUUCAACAACCCGAUGAGGCUGGUGACAGCGACUGAAUCGCAUAUGCUGAACGAUAUCACUAUCACAGGGAACCCGUCGCUGGUCCUGGAUACGAUCAAGCGAGGCGAAGACGACGAGGAUGUCUCGUUGGGUGGCAUCGCCGCCAGAAAGGGCCAGAGUCUUAUCCUCCGCGUCUUUGAGAGCCUGGGAGGACAGGCCAGUGGUAUCAUCAAGACCAGCCUGCCGGUUGUCGACGUCUGGAAAUGUAACAUCCUCGAAGACGACGAGGAGAAGCUGGAGUUCCGGACAGGCGAGAUCAACAUUGCUCUACGGGCCUUUGAGGUUGCCACAUUCCGGCUGCAAUUAUAG